AUGGCACCCGUUAGUGGCCUUAAUUCCAUUCUUCCAACAUCAUCCACCAUUGUACACAUUCAAGAAGAAGAAGAAGAGGCUCCAACGAGUAAUGAUAGCUACAAAUAUAACCAAGGUAAUAACAAUGGUAGAAUUGGAAAUGAUUCGGGUCUUCUUUCUUCUUCCCGUAAACACAAGGGUGGAUACAUGCGAUGUUGUUUCCUUUCAUGCUUGAUUUGUUUUUCUCUUCUCUUCUUUGUCCUCAAUAUAUAUUUACUCUAUCACUCAUUAGUGAGCGGUAUCAAUCAUGGAGGAAGCUCUUCCAACAAUCACCCUCAUGACCAGCAACUUGAAAUCACAACCAAUGCCUUGCAACAUGCUAAACAGGAAUGUAAGGCUUUGUUAGGCUCGCUGCCUCCCGAAAAUGAUGCAGACCAUACAAAUUCAUUGAAGAACAAUGUUCUGAUUCCUACAUCAACAAACAACAACAGGAACGCCAAUAACAAACAAACUGGAAAUACUAUUCGGAAUUAUCUGACCAAACUACCUGGUGGCUUAACAGUAGCCGAGUUAAGACAGAAAACAUUCUUCAGGCCUCAAUUUAGGGAUAUUACAAAACUGGAUGAAUCGUUUGUGGAUCCAUUCCGCCUCAUUCCAAAAAGACCAACACGAGAGGAUCCCUACAUGAUCCAGGAAGACACUACAUAUUUGAAUCAGUAUCAUAUCAAUGACAAAGGAUGUGGUCACACCCUUGACAGAAAUUAUUCUCUUAAUCCUGUCCACGUUUAUGGCAAAUUUAGUGGAGAGUUUGAAGGAUGUGCCAUUCGUUGUGUGGGAGACGGAGCCUUUAAUGCAUCCCUCGAGACUGAUGUAUUUGUGAACUCGAUUCCUCAUUUGAUGAAAGAAAAAUGCCCUCACACGAAACUCUACACCUUCACUAUGGAAAACGUGCCCAUACAAAUUGGAAGUACCGUAAAACUAGUUGGUUCUACCAAACUUAACACAGACGUACCAGUGCCCUACUAUAGUUGGGCUGAGUAUGACUUUAUGAAACCACCAAUUCCAAAAACAGCAAGUGCCAUGAUGGCAGUUUUCAUUUCAAAUUGUGGUCCAGAGAAGAGGUUAACGAUACUUGAGGAGUUAAUACAGUAUGGAGUGACAGUACAUUCAUAUGGAAAAUGUAUGAAUAACGCAAAAAUACCUUCCCAAUUCGUUGGCGGCUAUUUGGAUCAAAAGACUGCCUUGACGGCAACCUAUAAGUUCACAUUUAGUGCCGAAAAUAGUGAAACAGACGAUUAUGUGACAGAAAAGCUGUUUGGUACACUGUCCGCUGGAAGUGUGCCUGUCUAUUUAGGAGCUCCCAAUGCUAGAAAAUUCUCUCCAAGCAAAAAAUCUGUCAUUUAUGUUUCCGAUUUCGAAACAACUGAACAAUUAGCAAAUUAUUUAAUAGAGCUAGAUCGAAAUCCUGAAAAGUACAAAGAGUAUCUCCAAUGGAAACAUGAAGGUCCAUCACAGGAUUUUAUGGCCUUAGUAGAUAUGGCUCUUGUUCACUCAUCCUGUCGACUAUGUAUACGGAUCGGCGAUCAUCAUCGAGCAAUGUAUGGAAAUAGAGUAGGCCAUGAAGAAAAGAAAAAAUCUGUUGAACAAGGAACGUUGUCAUUGCAGGUUCGACCGAGAGGUGAAUUCUAUUUAAAGUAUGUGUAUUUGGAACGACAUGAACAAAACAUUGAAAAACUCAAAGAAAAAGUUUUGGAACUUUACAGGGAUCAUUCACCCUCUCCUGGGACAGUAUACUCCAUUUACAGGUUGUGGGAUAGACUGCAAAGACCAAUUGAUAACAAUGACUUUACAAAUGGUGUAUUGGAACAAGACAUGGAACUGGAAGUGAUAUUCACUUAUCCAAAUCAUCCAGGAAGGGGACAAUUCACUCUAUGGCAGCAACGCAAAAGCUUAUUGGCUUUUUGA